AUGAAGAACCUGCUGUACUUCUGCCGCUGCAAAGUCAUGCGGGGCUUUGGCCGUGGCUCCAAGCAGUUGAGCAUCCCCACCGCUAACUUUCCUGAACAAGUAGUAGAUAAUCUUCCCUCUGAUGUAUCCAUUGGCAUUUAUUAUGGACUAGAGGCCAGUGUGGGAACUGGAGAAGUCCAUAAGAUGGUGGUGAGCAUAGGAUGGAACCCAUACUACAAGAACAUGAAAAAGUCCAUAGAAACUCAUAUCAUGCAUACCUUCAAAGAGGACUUCUAUGGGGAAAUCCUCAAUGUGGCCAUUGCUGGCUACCUCAGACCAGAAAAGAACUUUGAUUCUUUAGAGUCACUUAUUUCAGCAAUUCAAGGUGAUAUUGAGGAAGCUAAGAAAUGACUAGAUUUACCAGAACAUUUGAAACUCAAAGAAAACAAUUUCUUCCAGGUUCCGAAAAGCAAAAUAAUGAAUGGCCACUGAUGAAAAGUCAUCUUACUUAUUCAUUCAUUGUUCUCUAAUA